GCCCGAGUACGCAAGCAACUUUCCUAAACUCGAGCUCUCUCUUCCUCCCUCUGAGUUUUCUUGCUUAAUGAAGCUCUUUGGAGUUAGUUAAGUCAAGAACUCAAGUGUUAGCUCAACCAAAAACAGUAGUAGUGCUGGAAUUAGUUUGGCACUAACCAAAUAAAAAUAAUUGCUUAGUAGUAACCUUCCCCAAUUAAAGAAAAACCACAAAAAUAUUUCCUUCAAAUAAAUCAAGGGACGUUGAACGAAGAACGUAUUGUGGCGGAUCGUUCCCCACAAGAACGACUAACCGCUGACCUCUCCUAUAUUUUCCUUGGAUAUUCUCCGCACUAAUCUUUUGCAGUAGUUAUGUCGGUCUGGGGCAACAUUCGGAAUACGGUGAAGAAGCUCGGCUCGUCAUCCCGAUCCCAAUCCCGGAGUUCGCGAUUGUCAUCAGCCUCUCAGGAUGACAUGUCGGUGGACUCAACCCGCCGACCGUCACGAUCCAAGGAAGAAGAGGAGGAAGCCCCUGCCUCUCCAGCAGUCCUGAGGCCCCGCCUCAAAAUCAGAGUUCUAACUAUGGUCGACCAGAUUGUAGUCUGGACUGAUUACGAGCGGGAUGCCCUCGAGCUGCUGAAGAAGCAGUCGUACGGCCAUGGCAAGCGGUUCGAGACAGACUUCCUUAUCAUGACGAGACUCCGUCAGGACAUGAACCGCGCGUUCACGGCGGCGGACUGGUCACACUUCGCCGGCAUCACCGAACCAGGCACCAACGGGAGUUGCUGCUCGUCAUCGACAUCAAGAACUUCAUCAACAGGGGAUCUAAAUCUCUCUAAUUGGUGAAGAUCGAGUCUACUUCAUCUAAAUCAGCUCUACUACUACGACUACAGAGGCGUUCAUGGAUGCAAGAGGCUCUGGUCAGUAUUGAUAUAAGAUUUCUGCAUUAAGACUAAUCAGUGAUCAUGAUUAGGGUUAAAUAUCUUGUUCAUGGUUAAUUAGUUCUAACAAAUACCACGAUGCAAUGCAUGCAAGAUGCAAGUCUACGAAUCAUGAAAAACUACGGGCCUAUUUGUGGGGUUUAUUGCGGUUCAGCUUCACAUGAAGCAGUUUUGUAAGCCAGGAUAAACAUAAACUAGAAGCCGGAUGAAACCAUUUUUUUAGUUUCAUCAGCUUUAGCUUUACUGAUGAAGCCGUUUUAGGAGAGCCUUCCAAACAGCCCCUAUAACUUGCUUGUGUUGGUGCCCAUACCAGCAGACCCCUCUUGGCAGCAUCAAUGCAUCAUGAAGCACGAAGUUAUAUAUUUUCCAA